CUCUACUAAUCGAUCCACGCUGUUGACUUUUAUUUGAUUUCGGACAUCCUGGUCAGAUGCGUGCUCGGAAAAAAACCUUAUCAAAACAGCUCUCCCACAACUGUCAUUCUCACUAUCUAUCCGUUUAGAAGCCUGUUAUUUACACAACUUUUUACAGCCAAGUGAUCUCGCCGGGACAAAGAGUAAAAUAGAGUAAUUUGUGUGUUCUUCCUGUAUCCGUGUUGGUGUUGAACAUGUCUGCGGCCGCUGGCGGUGCUCUGUCUCCGGGUUCGGCCCUCUCCGCUGGUCCUGCUGCGGGUGCCGGCUCCGGCAUGUCCAUGUUCCGAUGGCUGGAAGUUUUGGAGAAAGAGUUUGAUAAGGCAUUUGUGGAUGUGGAUCUGUUGCUGGGAGAAAUAGACCCGGAUCAGGCUGACAUCACAUAUGAGGGCCGUCAAAAGAUGACCAGCCUCAGUUCAUGUUUUGCUCAGCUGUGUCAUAAAUCUCAAACCAUCUUUCAGCUCAACCACAAACUAGAGGCUCAGCUGGUAGACCUGCGGUCAGAGCUGAUAGAUGUGCAGGCAGAGAAGGCCGUCGUGGAGGAGGUGGUUCACGAACAGCUUCUGCAACUCCAUGCCAUACAGCUCAAACUCCAAGCCAAAGCAGGCCAGACAGUGGACACUGACUCCAUCAAGGACAGGAUGGUGGGCACAACACAACUCUUUCCUAAACCUGUUCCCUCAGUGGCAGAGAUGGAGAAGGAAUUGGAGGCCAGUAAAAAAGAAAAGGUAAAGGAGGUCAAGUUAGAGGCAGAGGUCAAGAUGCUCAAGAAAGAAAAUGAGGCCCUCCGCAGGCACAUCGCGGUACUACAGGCAGAAGUGUAUGGAGCAAGACUGGCAGCCAAGUAUCUGGACAAGGAGCUGGCUGGGAGGGUGCAGCAGAUCCAGUUGCUGGGGAGAGACAUGAAAGGGCCAGCUCAUGACAAACUAUGGAACCAACUUGAAGCUGAGAUUCACCUGCACCGCCAUAAAACAGUCAUCCGAGCUUGCAGGGGGCGCAAUGAUGCCAAGAAGUCCUUGCCAUCACCUGUGGGGCAUGACACAGAUUCUUUGAAAAAGACUCAGGGAGUUGGCCCUAUACGCAAAGUGGUUCUAACCAAAGAAGACCAUGAGGGCCUUGGCAUCUCCAUCACUGGUGGUAAAGAGCACGGAGUUCCCAUCCUCAUCUCUGAGAUCCACCCCACCCAGCCUGCAGAGCGCUGCGGAGGUCUGCAUGUGGGAGAUGCCAUCUUAGCCGUCAACAACAUCAACCUGAGAGAUGCAAAGCACAAAGAGGCUGUCACCAUUCUCUCACAGCAGAGGGGAGAAAUUGAGUUUGAAGUGGUUUAUGUGGCUCCAGAGGUGGAUUCUGAUGAUGAGAACGUGGAAUAUGAAGAUGACAGUGGUCAUCGUUAUCGCCUGUAUCUGGACGAACUAGAGGAGGAAUCAAGAGCCAGUCACAACAAUGGCACUGCUGACCCCGCCUCACUACAAGCUGUGGGGAAUCACAUAGCAAGUAAUAGAACAGAGAAUGGAGAUACGGCCUUGUCCAGCGAGAGCUCUUCAGAGGACAAGAUCUCUAAGACAGCAGAGUCUACCGAGAGUUCCCCUUAGAUCUCCAGACACAAGAGAAGGAUCCUGCAGAAGGUAGAGGAGCAUCAGACGUGAAGAUGGAUAGGAGAAAGAGAUUAAAACGGCACAUGUACUGUAUAAUAUUAAACAUGGAAUUUCCUCGUUUUAUGCCGUAUGGAGAAUAGACUGCGUUGACAUCUACUUGAGAUGGACUGAACCACUGAGAAACACUGAGAGGACUUAUUGAUACUCAGCCGUUACAAAGGAUUGUUUGCAAAUUCACGUCAUCUCGGUUUAAUUGCAAAGAAACACUUGAGGGGGAAAAUAAAGAGCUAACUAAGACGAGUAAUGUGAUGGGUUUAAAAAGACUUACACUACCGGUCAAAAGUUUUGAAACACUUACUCAUUCUUUAUUAUAAUUUUAUUUCACAUUUUAGAAUAAUAGUAAAGUCAUUAAAACUAUGGAAUAACAUAAAUGGAACUAUGGGAAUUAUGUUGUGACUAAACAAAAUCCAAAAUAAAUCAAAACUGUGUUAUAUUUUAGCAUCUUCAAAGUAGUCACACUUUGCCUAGAAUUUGCAGACAUGUACUCUUGACAUUUUCUCAACCAACUUCUUGAAGUAUCACCCUGGGAUGCUUUUUAAACAGUACUGAAGGAGUUCCCAUCUAUGUUGGGCACUUAUUGGCUGCUUUUCUUUAUUAUUUGGUCCAUGUCAUCAAUUUCAAAAACUUUUUUUUUUUAAAUUACAUUUUAGUUUUAUGAUGAAAUAAAUUAAUAUGGUGGCACAAUUAUAUUUUUGUCUACAAAACUAAUUUCAAACAUUUAAGCAUACGCCUCCAGAUCAAAAGAUUUCUAAGAUCACGAGAAACAUUUCAGUCAAGUGUUUCAAAACUUUUGACCGGUAGUGUAUAUGGUAUAACUUCCUCUUUUGUGUAAUUUUCCUGUGCAUUUAAUCAGAUAGUUCAACCCAAAAUGAGAAUUCUGUACUACUUACUUACCCUCUUGUUGUUCCAAAUCAUGUAUGACUUUCUUCUUCCACAGAAGAAAGACAGUCAUAUGGGUUUAGAACAACAUGAUGGGCAGUAAAUGACAGAAUUUUCAUUUUUUGGGUGAACUGUUCCUCUAAUGGCCCUCUGUAGUUCAGCUGAAUUUGAACUGAAAUGUAGGGUUCAGACUUCUUCUCUCGUACAACUAAAGUAGAUGGAUAUAGCAAUGAAUUACUGUUCACUCAGUGUGUGUUCAUAUAAAACCACUAGUUUUUGACCUCCGUUUUAGACUUGUGUGAGUCAGUGCUGCUUAGCCAUCCUCUAAAGCAAAGGUAAACAGGAUAAUGUUACUUCCUGUUUUGCAGACAGGGCAGUCAUAAGGUUCACAUCCAUAUGUCCUUUAUAUUUCUCUGAAUUCUUCACUUAUCAGUCCAAAAGCAAAAACCGACAGUUUUCCGGGUGCUAUGUAGUUGGUGGAUGAGAUGAAUAAUCUAGAGUGAAUUUUAAAGAGUUAUGAAUAAAUCUCAAGAAGAAUUGUCCACGUCAUAUUACACUCUAAAACAAAUAAAUAAAAUAAAAUAAGAAAUAAUAUUUUACAUAAAGAUAAUGAAGCCUGUUUAGGACCCAUAAGAUUUUGUGCAUUUUUUGUGCAUUUGUUUUUACAUUAUUUUCAAGACAAUUAAGCAUAUUUGUCCCCAUAUUCUCUACUCAGUCUUAUUACUGUAAUACAGUAAUGAAAAUAAUCCUGUCCAGACACAAUGAUUUCGGUAGCACUUUAUUUUACGAUACUGUUCUACAUUUAUGUACUGUAUAAUUACAACAUCUACAGUAAUUGUUAGGUACUAAACCUAACUCUAACCUUAACCCAUAUUAAGGACAUGUAAUUACCUAAAAUUACUCAGUACUUUCUUGGGUAAGUACACUAUAAGUAUACCGAAAGUAAACAUACUGUAAAAAAAUGUGUGUUUAAAUUUGUGAAUACUGUUAUGCACCUACUAUGGAAGUGAGUGCUUCAGUCCAUAAACAUUAAAAUACACAUAGUUUCAAAAGUAUGGCCACAAAUAGUUAACAUUAUACUUGUUAACAUGAUUUUAGAGUGAUGAAAUCGUUCGCAGAGUUAACGGCUUUGCGUUGCCAUGACAAUGAAGCUGUUUUAUUGGAUAGAAGCUUUACACUGAAGGUUAGUAAGUGAUUUUAUCACUCUAAAAUCAUGUCAGCAUGUAUAAUGUUUACAUCUUUUGGCUAUACUUUUGAAACAGUGAGUAUUUUAAUGUUUAUAGACUGGCCCCGUUCACUUUCAUUGUGUGUGCCUUACUGUAACCGUGAUUUUUGCUUUUGAUUUAUUGCUUUUUUUUGUUUAAAUCGGGGAAGAAAUAAUGCCACAAAUGCUGUCGAUUGAGUUUAACUUGUACUGAACCCGGACCAUUCCUUUAAAGGUGCUGUAAGCGAAUUUAGCCGUUCUAGAAUUUCCACAAGCUGAGCCGUUGGAUUAGCCACACCCCUUUUUCCAAAACCCCGCACUCCAAAGAUACCAAAUUAGCUUUACUGAGACCGACACGAGCAGGAAAGAUUGUCAAAAACAACAGCAAAAUAUUGCCCUCAACCGACAGCUGUUAUGAGCAACAUGGCAUAAAAAUGGCACCAUGCCUCAAUAAUUCGCUGCAGCUACAACGCUAUGAGAAUGCGCAAAAUGAUUGACAGGCAGAAAGCGUCAUUUUUGUUUGCUGUUUACAGAGUCUAGAGCUGUCAGAGAGACCGGUGAGAUAUCUCAUGACACUUAUUUCAUUAAUAUCUUUCAGGGAGUAGUAACAUUUUUUGCAUACCUUUCCAUGAAAAAAAUCGCUUACAGCACCUUUAUCAUUAAAUAAUGUCACAAUGCAACAACAACUAAAUUCCUGUAUAAUUUCCUGUUUUAUUUUGAUUUUAGGGUGAGAUAUGACUUGAAUAUUUCUUCACUUUUUUAUGACAUUCACCCUUACAUACAGUAUCUUCAGAAGAGUAUUUUGAACUUCUAUGCUGAACAGUGUCCAUAUAGACAGUGCCAAGGAACCAACUGUAUUAAGUGUCUUUGGAAGAGAUUACGAUAUUAUCUAGUUAGGGGUUAAAUGUACUUGCACUGUUAGAGAGCAACACACAUUUAAAUGUAUUUAAUCAAGCCAAUUUACUCCUUAUAUUUUACGAAGAAAAACUAAAGAAGGGUACAAGCAUUGUUUUACGAGCUUUAGAGGAUUCUAACAACUCUCUUCCCUAUUAUCAUGGCUAGUGCCUAAAAUCUGUGAAUUGUAAUCAUUACUGUAUAGGUUUCUAAAAGAGGUUUCUAUAAUCAUCAGUGUUGCUUUCCUUCCAUUAAGUUAUUUAACAUAAUAUGCUUCACUCUCAUCCUGUUGAACAUCUAUUUCUCGGUAGCAUCUUCGACUGCAUCUCAAGAUCUUCUCCACGAAAGGUGUUCAUUAUAUGAUAACACCUUGAGUCAUCAUAUGCACUAAUCUGACUGUCUGUACACUGAAUACUAUAUUUAAAUUAAAGAUAUGGGCUGUAUAGCAAUAAAAACCUUCCCCAAACAUGCUUAAGUGUAGCCUAAGUGCUAUAUAUAAUAUAAAAUAUAUGUAAAUUAUUCACAAACACACUGUUAGUCUGUUAUUUAUCACCCCACUGUUGUCUUCACAUAUGUUUUUUUUAGGUAGAUGAGGGCAGUUGGGACAAUCAACUCAUUUGGCCAUAUGGUCUUCUCUUAUCAGUAUGUGGGCUGGUUCAGUGGACUAUUGUUGUUACUUUGAUAUUCUUGUUACUGAUUAGUUUAUCAGGGUGGUGUUUAUUUGGGUGUGAUGUGCGCCUGCAGGGCACCAGUUGCUUCCCACACUGCCAGUGCAUGGCACAGCACAGAUGCAACUUUAAGCUGCAGGUCAAAUAUAUCCAUCUUUUUGGCCAUUUCCCUUUUUUUCCUCUCUCUACUGGGAUUUGAAUAUAUUUUUUCAAAACACAAAUUUUUGUUUUAGUGUCAGAAGAAAUGUGUUUCUGAAACAGGAGAUUUGUGAAUGUUCCACAUGUAGUUAAUGUAGGAUAUUAAAUGUUUAAAUAAACAAAUUUACUUGC